GAGAGGGACAUUUGGGAGCGAGAUGGCGAGAGGGACGGUGGCCACGUACCUUCAUGGCGUCUUUCUCUUGGCUCUGUGGAAACCCUCACUGCAAGGAGGUGUAUACGUACCUGCUGGUGGAGCAGGAGGAGGCAUUGGAGCCGGUAUAGGAGCCGGUAUAGGAGCUGGUAUAGGAGCCGGCGUAGGACCUGGAACUGGAUUUGGACCGGGUGGGACUGGAACAGGAUUUGGCCCUGGAGGAGCUGGGACUGGAUUUCAGCCUGGUGGAGGUGCUGGUGCCAGUCUGGGAGGCUUUGGACCAGGAGCAGGGGGCUAUGGAGGUCAAGGGCCAGGAGGAGUCGGACCUGGAGGUGUCGGACCGGGUGCAGUGAGACCGGAAGGAGUCGGACCUGGUGGAGUUGGACCAGGAGGAGUUGGACCUGGAGGAAUCGGACCUGGUGGAGUUGGCCCAGGAGGAGUCGGACCUGGUGGAGUUGGCCCAGGAGGAGUUGGACCUGGUGGAGUUGGACCAGGAGGAGUCGGACCAGGAGGUGUUGGACCCGGAGGCUUCAGGCCCAGCACCUUUGGCCCAGGCAGUGGUGGACUCGGAGUUGUACCUGGAGGUGUUGGAGCCGGUGGAAAGCCUCCAAAAACAGGAGGUGGCUACGGUGGUCAUGGAGGAGUGACUGGAGGGGUUGGACCAGGACAAGGAGCUGGAGGCGUAGGAGGAGGAUUGGGACCUGGUGGAGUCGGAUCAGGUGGUUUUGGACCAGGUGGUGUCGGUCCUGGAGGCUAUGGAACCGGUCCUGGAGGAGCUGGUCCUGGUGGUUUUGGACCAGGUGGCCAAGGCACAGGCCUUGGGGCAGGCGGUUUGGGUGGAGGAGCGCUUGGAGCAGGAGGCCUCGGGACUGGCAGAGGUCAGGGAGCUGGAACAGGCUACGGACCUGGAGGUGGCUAUGGAGGCUACGGAGGUGGUUUUGGACCAGGUGCUGGUCAGUACCCAGGAGCUGGUGGAACUGGUCCCAAACCUCCUAAAACAGGAACAGGCUAUGGGCCUGGAGGUGCAGGGUUUGGACCUGGUGGUGCUGGAUUUGGGCCUGGUGGUGCUGGAGUUGGGCCUGGUGGAACAGGACUUGGGCCUGGCGGUGCAGGGGUGGGGCUUGGUGGAACAGGACUUAGGCCUGGUGGUGCCGGGGUUGGGCCUGGUGGAACAGGACUUGGGCCUGGCGGUGCAGGGGUGGGGCUUGGUGGAACAGGACUUAGGCCUAGUGGUGCAGGGGUUGGGCCUGGUGGAACAAAACUUGGGCCUGGUGGUGCAGGGUUUGGGCCUGGUGGAACAGGAUUUGGGCCUGGAGGAACAGGAUUUGGGCCUGGUGGUGCAGGAGUUGGGCCAAGUGGAACAGGAUUUGGGCCUGGUGGUGCAGGGGUUGGGCCUGGUGGAACAGGACUUGGGCCUGGAGGAACAGGAUUUGGGCCUGGUGGUGCAGGAGUUGGGCCAAGUGGAACAGGAUUUGGGCCUGGUGGUGCAGGGGUUGGGCCUGGUGGAACAGGACUUGGGCCUGGAGGAACAGGAUUUGGGCCUGGUGGAACAGGACUUGGGCCUGGAGGAACAGGAUUUGGGCCUGGUGGUGCAGGAGUUGGGCCAAGUGGAACAGGAUUUGGGCCUGGUGGUGCAGGGGUUGGGCCUGGUGGAACAGGACUUGGGCCUGGAGGAACAGGAUUUGGGCCUGGUGGAACAGGACUUGGGCCUGGAGGAACAGGAUUUGGGCCUGGUGGUGCAGGAGUUGGGCCAAGUGGAACAGGAUUUGGGCCUGGUGGUGCAGGGGUUGGGCCUGGUGGAACAGGACUUGGGCCUGGAGGAACAGGAUUUGGGCCUGGUGGUGCAGGAGUUGGGCCAGGUGGAACAGGAUUUGGGCCUGGUGGAACAGGAUUUGGGCCUGGUGGUACAGGGGUUGGGCCUGGUGGAACAGGAUUUGGGCCUGGCGGUGCAGGAGUUGGACCUGGUGGAGCUGCUGUGCCAGGAGGAGUUCCAAGUCUGCCACAGACUGGUACCACUGGGGGAGGACCUGGAGGAAAGAGUGGUGGCAAAGCAUCAAAACAGGUUCCAGGAGUCGGGGUGCCUGGACUCUAUCAAGGUGGAUACGUACCAGGCCAAGGAUUUGGAGGUCGUGGUGUCCUCCCUGGAGUGGCCACAGGAGCUGGACUUGGGCCUCAGACUGGGACCGGGGUACUCGGCCAGGGGGGUGUUGGACCAGGAGGAGCAGGAAAUGGUCGUGGACAGCAGUUGCCUGGUGUUUUCCGUGGUUACCCUCUCAUAUCACCAAAAACAGGGGCAGGCAAAUCGAAGAAUCCAGCCAAAGCUGCAGCUAAAUAUGGUGGAGCUCGAGCUGGAAAUGGAGGUGGUGCACUUGGUCAAGGAGGCGCUCUAGGAGUUGGGGCUGGAAGACUCCCAGGAGGAGGAGCGGGAGCCACAACCGGGUUAGGAGGUGGAGUUGGAACAGGUGGUGGACCUGGAUUUGGAGGAGUUGGAACAGGAGGUGGUCCCGGAGCUGUGCCUGGAUUUGGAGGUGGAGUUGGAACAGGAGGCGGACCUGGAGCUGUGCCUGGAUUCGGAGGUGGAGUUGGAACAGGAGGUGGACCUGGAGCUGUACCUGGAUUCGGAGGUGGUGUUGGAACAGGAGGUGGACCUGGAGCUGUACCUGGAAUUGGAGGUGGAGUUGGAACAGGUUAUGGUCCAGGCUCAGCCAAAGCACGCAAAUAUGGUCUGCUAGGCCGUAUAGGCAAUGGAGCCGCUGGAGGCCUUGGAAGAGGAGGACCAGGUGGAGGAACUGGAGUUGGUCUUGGCACAGGAGUGGGGCCAGGUGGGGGCUACGGUUUUGGUCCAAGCAGUGCAGGCACCGGUGCAGCUGGAGGCCUUGGAGUACCGGGAGGAGGAGUUGGACUCAGCACUGGAGGGGGACCUGGCUCUGGCAUUGGUUUUGGUCCAGGUGGUGCCAGCACUGGGACAGGUGGUCUUGGUUAUGGUCCUGGUGGUGCUGGCACUGGCCCUGGAGGAGCAGGUUAUGGUCCAGGUAGAACUGGGUACGGACCAGGUGGAGCUGGAACUGGAUUAGGAGGAGCUGGAACAGGACCUGGAGGGUACGAUGCCAGCGCCAAAGCUCGUAAAUAUGGCAUGUUAAGUGGAGCACUUGGAGGUGCAGGAACAAGUCCAGGAGGUGUUGGACCAGGUGGUGCUGGUACUGGCUUUGGACCAGGAGGAGUUGGACCAGGUGGCUCUGGCACAGGCUAUGGGCCAGGAGGAGUUGGACCUGGUGGUGCUGGUACUGGCUUUGGACCAGGAGGAGUUGGACCAGGUGGUGCUGGUACUGGCUAUGGACCAGGAGGAGUUGGACCUGGUGGUGCUGGUACUGGCUUUGGACCAGGGGGAGUCGGACCAGGUGGUGCUGGUACUGGUUUUGGACCAGGAGGAGUCGGACCUGGUGGUGCUGCUACUGGCUUUGGACCAGGGGGAGUCGGACCAGGUGGUGCUGGUACUGGCUUUGGACCAGGAGGUGUUGGGCCUGGUGGCGCUGGCACAGGCUAUGGGCCAGGAGGAGUUGGACUUGGUGGAGCUGGCUAUGGACCUGGAGGUUAUGCUGGUGCCAAAGCCCGCAAAUAUGGGCUUCCUGGUGGAGGAACACUGGGAAGAACAGGAUAUGGACCUGGUGGAUACGGGCCUGGGACAGGUUACGGACCAGGUGGAGGCUAUGGUGCAGGACCGGGGGCUGGAUAUGGAACAGGUGGAACAGGUGCUGGUACUGGAGUACUUGGAGGUGGAGCAGGACGAGUUGGUGGUUAUGGACCAGGAGGCUUUGGAACUGGCACUGGAGGUCCAGGCUAUGGCACAGCUGGAUCUAAGGCUGCUAAGUACGGGCAACCUGGUGGAGUUGUACCUGGGGCAGGAACAGGAACCGGCACUACAGGACCUGGUACAGGAACCGGCACUGCAGGACCUGGUACAGGGACCGGCACUGCAGGACCUGGUACAGGGACUGGCACUGCAGGACCUGGUACAGGAACUGGCACUGGUGUUUCAGUGAAUGGCACCAGCAUCGGUGGAGGGGCAACAGCUGGACCCAGUGGAGGAGGACUAAGACCUACAGGAGGAACACCAGCCCCAGGAUCAGAAGGCGAUGGUGGUGCUGGCAGUGUGAUAGAAGGGUCUGGAAGCUCUGGAGGAGAAGGAGGUAUUGGUGUAGCUGGCAGACCAGUGGGUGCAGGAGGUGAUGGAGAUGGCUUGGCUGGAACAGGAAUCCCCAUCAUUGGAGCAAAACCAGGACUCAAUGGGACAGAAGUUCCAGGUUCCACAGGAGCAUCCCCUGCUAUCACUGGUUUACCUGUACCAGAGAUUGGUGGCGGGGCUGUACAACCAAGCGCUGGGACAGGUGUUGGUGGCACAGGACUUCCCUCUGGAGGUUCUGGUGGUGAUCUCUCUACAACAUUGCCUGGGGCCAGACCUCUCAGACCCCCAGGUGUACCCAGAGGUGACACGCCAGGUGAAGGAGAUGGCGAGGGAGGUCCUGAUGGAGAGAGAGGUGGUACAGGCGGUACAGGUGGAGGACCUGGAGGAGUAGGAGGGAGUCCUACCAGUGCUGGAGCAACAGGAGGUGUUUCGGGUGGCGUAACAGGGGUGGGAAGAGGUGACAGUCCUGCAACUGGAACUGGAGUUGGGGCAGGAGGUGCAGCUGGUGCUGUAGGAGGAACACCAAAACCACCCAAAGAAUACGGACCGGACGGGACUGUGGCAGGAGCCGUCAGUGGUGGAUCUGGUGUUGUAGGUGGGGUAACAGGCGGAGGAGCAGGCUUGAUACCUGGGGCUGGUGGGCCUGGUGGAGUAGGGACAGGAGUCAUUAAACCUGGAAAAAGCUAUGGUGCUGGAGUUUUACCAGGUGGAGGCAUACGUUACCCGACUGGAGCUGGACAGGGGGCAGGAAAAUCAGGCAAAGUAUAUGGGACCCUUGGAGCAGCAGGCCAGGGUAGGGUUGGGCCUGGCGGUUAUGGAGCUAGUCCUGGUGGCUAUGGUGCUGGUCCAGGAGGUUAUGGUGCAGGACCCGGAGGUUACGGGGCUGGCCCAGGUGGCUAUGGUGCUGGGCCUGGUGGAUAUGGGGCUGGACCUGGCCAGACUGGAAGCAGAGGCACUGGUGGUGGUCCUGGUGGUGCUGGGACUCUCGGAAUUGGAGGGGUUGGAACUGGUGCUGGAGGCUUAGGUGGAGGUGUGGGAGGAGCAGGAGCAGGCGCAGGUCCUGGUGGAGUCGGUGGUGGACUGGGGGGAUAUGGUGGUGGUGUGGGUCCUGGUGGUUCAAGAUAUGGCACAGGUCAAGGACUGGGUACUGGCACUGGCAAACCACCAAAAAGAUAUGGAGUAGGAGCUGGUGGUACUGGGUUUGGGCCUGGUGGCUACGGGACUGGACCAGGUGGAGCUGGUUCCGCACCAGGUGGCUUUGGUCCUGGCGGUGCUGGUGUUGGUGGUUAUGGACCUGGGGGCACUGGACCAGGCGGCUUUGGUCCUGGCGGUGCUGGUGGUUAUGGACCUGGGGGCACUGGACCAGGUGGAUAUGGACCUAGCGGUACUGGGACAGGUACUGGGACAGGACCGGGUGGUGUCGGAACCAGGCCAGGUGGAUUUGGACCAGGUGGUGUUGGCACAGGACCAGGCAGCUAUGGACCUGGUGGAGCUGGGGUAAUUCCUGGUGUUUAUGCUGCUGGAGGUCAAGGACUAGGGAAAAGAAAGCCACCCAAAUCAGGCUAUGGAUCAUCACUGGGUGGAGCUGGCUAUGGGCAAGGUGCAGGGCUUGGACCUGGUGGAACAGGUACUGGACCUGGCAGGUAUGGGCCUGGAGGGGUUGGACCAGGUGGUGCCGGCACAGGAACAGGCUUUGGACCAGGUGGUGCUGGCACAGGAACAGGCUUUGGACCAGGUGGCGUUGGCACAGGAACAGGCUUUGGACCAGGUGGCGCUGGCACAGGAACAGGCUUUGGACCAGGUGGUGCUGGCACAGGAACAGGUUUCGGACCAGGUGGUGCUGGCAUUGGCACAGGCUUUGGACCAGGUGGUGCUGGUACAGGAACAGGCUUUGGACCAGGUGGCGCUGGCACAGGAUCAGGUGGCUUUGGACCAGGUGGCGCCGGUACAGGAACAGGCUUUGGACCAGGUGGUGCUGGUACAGGAACAGGCUUUGGACCAGGUGGUGCUGGCACAGGAACGGGCUUUGGACCAGGUGGUGCUGGCACAGGAACAGGCUUUGGACCAGGAGGCCGAGGAUUAGGGAAAAGAAAACCUAAAUCUGGUUAUGGAGGAGCUGGAAUUGGAUCAACAGGAGGAUUAGGAGAAGGCACAAGUCGUUUUGGCCCAGGAGGUGCCGGAACUGGUGGCUUUGGCCCAGGAGGUGCUGGAACUGGUGGCUUUGGCCCAGGAGGUGCUGGAACCGGUGGUUUUGGCCCAGGAGGUACUGGAACUGGUGGCUUUGGCCCAGGAGGUGCCGGAACUGGUGGGUUUGGCCCAGGAGGUGCUGGAACUGGUGUCGUUGGCCCAGGAGGUGCCGGAACUGGUGGCUUUGGACCAGGAGGUGCUGGAACUGGUGGCUUUGGCCCAGGAGGUGCUGGAACUGGUGGUUAUGGCCCUGUAGGUGCUGGAACUGGGCCAGGAGGUUUUACACCUGGUGGUGUGGGUGGAUUUGGACCUGGUGGCCAAGCACUUGGGCAAAGGAAGCCUCCUAAAUCAGGUUACGGCUCGUCGUUGGGUGGAACUGGCUAUGGACCAGGUGGUGGAGUAGGAGGGGUCCCUGGUGCAGGAACAGGAGGUAUCCUUGGAGGCUCAGGUACUGCAGCAGGAGGAACAGGAGGGACAGGAGGUCUGGCAGGAACAGGUCAGGGAUUAGGAGGAGGUGCAGGUGGCUUGCCAGCAGGGGGUGUUGGCCCUGGCUAUGGUGGGGUGGCUGGUGGAAGCUAUCCAGGAUAUGCAGGGGCAGGGCAAAAAUCCAAGGCACAGAAGGCAGCCAAAUAUGCAGCCAUGCAGGCCUUACUAGGAGCUGGGGGCUACAGAGGCGCUGGCUGUCAGGGUAAAUACUGUGGCCGAAGGAGGAAGUGAAAGACCAACAGACAGGAAGUGACCUCAUUAAAACAACAGUGGUGCUAUUGCAUGAUCCCAGAUCGUAACUGUCUCACCUGCCAUAGAAGCUAAAGCUUCAACACAUUCCACAUGUUACACUUUUCAUUUGCUUAGAAGUGGUUCUCAACCUGUUAUGGUCAUGAUUCCUUAACACAAGGUGAUGCGUCUGGUGCAGGUUGCUGUGCAAGGUGGUACAUUUUUGCUUACUGUGUUGUUUUUAUAAUAAUAAUUAAGCAAUUUGACUUUGGUCAAAUAAUUUAAAAUGUUCACCAAUGCACAAGAAAAUGCACAAGUCUGAAUGGGGAUUAGGCGUGUGAAUCACAAGUUUCAUCAUGAUACAAUAAUACGAUACUUUAGACGAUACAGUAUUAACUAAUCACAAAGUUUGCCACCAUAUGAUUUCAGUUAAAUUCAGGAGCCUGUGAUCGAUAUGACAAGGUAUAAGUUAAUAUCCUCAAUUUAUUUUUUCUUGGCUGUUUGUUAUUGUCUGCCUGGCAACAGGCCGCUAGCACUGAAUGUUUAAGUAAGAGGUAUGCUUGGACAGAAAUGGUGACACAUACUUGCCAUAGGAAUUUUAAAAUAAAGGUGUACCUUCACUUUGCACAAAUGAUAUUGGAUCGUUGAUCAUUGAAUCAAUAUAUCAGUGCAGACUGAUGUGUCUUUACACUCCUAAGGGGGAUACAUACUACAUACAAUAGAAAUAUCUCCCUCAUGAAUCACCUUGUGACUCGCUGGGGAUCCUGACUACCAGGCUGAGAACCAAUGAAACGAAGGAUCAAGAUUUCUCCUUAAAUUUUGGGGCCUGUAUUAAAAUACAGUUUUUGUUUAUUGUUAUUGAACAUCAUUUGUGUUGAAGUAUCACCAUGAACCUCUGGGUGAAGACUGAUACCAAGGACACCCUCAGGGCAGCUCCUACAGACCUGUCUGCAUGCUGACACAAUGUUUUGUUUUGUUUUUUAUUCUCCGAGGCCACACUUUUGUCCAGUUAGACUGGAUUUUUCUUGGGUCUGCAGAGUGUAAUGUUUGUUUUAUCAAUUCACUGUUUUUAGCUUUAACAACAAAGUGCAAACACUUGGAUCAUCUGUCCAGCAAUCUGUACAAAGAUACAGACGGCUGCUAUUUAGAGGGAACUGUGAACCAAAGGGACUCUAAGCGGAUUUUUGUUUUUUAAUUUUGUAGUAUGGUGUUUUGACUGGUCAUUACCUGGUCCCUGAAAAGCAGUCUGUGUUCAUUGUAUUGUGCUCAAGGCCUCAGCAGUAUCAACACAUACAGAGACUGAGGUUUCUCAGCUGAUUGUUCCACUCUAUGCACGACAUUAAAGGCACCAUUUAUAGCUACAAAACUCUAAUUGGUAUUAGUGUAAACUUUUGGUUAACAUGCAUAUUUUUUUCAUUAUAAGAAGAAUGUAUUUGUAAUGACUUUAUGAUGAAGCUAAGGAAAGCAUUCAAGCUAAAUGUGAGGUUAUAUGAUCACAAUACAUGACAGUGCGUAUAAAUGGCAUCUAAGGAGCAAUGAUUACUGUGUUUUUCUUUUUUAUGUACCUCCUUCAACACUGUUGGGAAAUUGUCCACGUUUGCUAGUCUUUUUAAAUUAUGCUGACAAAAAGCAGAAAAAGCUGAGUGCUUUAUCUAUUUAGUCUCAUUUUAUGAAUUCAAGUGCAUUAAUACAGUAUUAAAUAUUUGAGUUAUUGUGCGUGUGUGUGUGUUUUAACAGUUUUUAAACUUGUGUACUACUAUGAUUAAUAUAAGUGCUUUGUUUUCUACAUUGUGCUAAAUCGCAAUGUAGUCUGUGAUGUCAUUUGGAUAAAAAAAAGUGUUAUUGAAUCUCAUCUUGCAUUUGAGCUUAUGUUUGUGUCUCUCAUGUAGCUCAGCAUUUGUUUUUAACAUCUGUGUUCUUUAUGUGGCCUAUGAAGAAAAUGAUGCACUUUUGUACACUUUCAGACAAUGCUCUCUGAAAUAAAGAAAUGACCAAUGA